CGCGCCGUCGACGGUUAGAUUGCGUCGAGACUUUGAACCGUUAGCACGUCGCCGUUGCGUCACAACGUUUCGCGCGUCAACCGUUUCGCGUCUUUACGCCAGUGAGCGAGUGUAAUCUCUUCGGUGGUGACUUUUCCAGUUGGCCAGCUUUUGUAAAGUGUAAAAGUGACAAUUGUGAGAUUUUCGUUCAAUACAAUAAACUGGUUAUUAAAGUGUCGCUGUAAACGUCACAUCGAAUAAGGAACUAUUCUCUGGUGAAGUUGUUCGCUGGAUAUAUUGGCAAAACUGUUCCGAGUGUGCAGUUGUGACCUGUGUUUUGCUGUGUGGUGCUGCAGUGGUUAUAAAAUAGUGAAAUUAUCAAUCGAAACCUCCAGCAGCAGCAGCAGCAGCGGGCAGCGGUGUGCUUGGCGCUUGAUUGAUGAUCCGGUGGAGGUAAAUUCGAACGUCAGCCCCGUACCUUGCGAUAUUGACAGCGAUUCCAGUUACCACUUUAAGUCAAGCUCUAUGCACUUCAGCAUUGAAUGAAUUACCACGGGAUAGCGCCACGCUCCGUGUGCACAGCUCGACUAUUUGGGAACGGAACCGAACGCGCUGCCGUACCGUCGCUCGGUGUGAUUUAAUAAAGCCACACACACACACACUCGGGACAGACUCUCCAAGCGCGACCGCGACUAGAAGCGACCGAAAGCGGCCAGCAGUAUCCCACGCCUCCCGACCACGGCCUGAUCCGCAACGGGUCCACCACACAUCGGAACACAACAUCGGACGAUGGCGUCCGGCCACGUUCGAUACCUGCUGCCCUCGGUCCUGCUGGCCGUGCUGCUGUGCGGCGAUGCUGGACAAGCGGCCGACCCCGUGGGCACGGGAGGACCGUCGCUGGUGCACGUCGGCGAGGACGCGCUGCUAACCUGCGUGGUGAUGACCCCGUACAACAACGACACCGUGCUGUGGCGCAAGGGACCGCACGAGAUCCUGUCGGCCGGCAUGAAUCGGGUCACCGGGGACAGGCGGAUCAGCGUGCUGCACGAUGACUCACCCAAGGGCAGAACACCACUCGGCGGUGACGUAUGGGUGCUGCUCAUCAAGGAAACGCGCCUGAACGAUUCCGACGUGUACGUGUGCGAGGUGAACAGUGACCCGAUUGUAAGGAGCUUCCACCCACUAACAGUGCGACAGUCGAAGAAGAAAACGGCCACCACCAGCCGGAACGCAACCGACUCGCCGAGCACCACGUCGUCCCCGUCAACAGCGUCCCCCGAAGGGGCCGGUGCCACCUCGGAAGCGGACGAGGAGGACGAUUCCUCGUCGGACGUGUACACCGACUCGGAGGAGGAGGUCAGCCCGGACGGUGUGCCGCUGGUGACGCACGAUUUCACCGACUGCUGCCACGCGAACAACGUGUCGGACGCGUGCAUGGGCUUCUGCGUGCUGCACAACAUCCUGGACGGAUCGGCGGGCGCCGAGCCGGAACAGUGCGAGCGGGACUUCCCGAACAUCGUGCGGUGCAUGGCGGACGGGCGCAACCACGUGCCGUGCUGUGUGGAGAAGGGCAUACCGGACCUGUGCCAGGACAUGUGCCGCGGCGAGUACACACCGUUCACCGAUCUGCUCAAGUCGCGCGUCUCCUGCGUACAGCACACGCUGCCCGGGCUGCAGUGCAUACUGGACAACAUACAGCGCCUGCCGUCGGAACCGCAGUCCGUGUCGGUGGAACCGCUGACCGAGCGGUCGCUGCAGGUUAGCUGGCAGGCGCCGGAGAGGCUGGGCGGGAGUGUGAAGUACUACCAGAUCAAUGCAACGCGGCUGCACGCGUUCGAUCAGGACUAUUUGGCGAAUGCGACGACCGCGGAGGGCGGCGGCCUGGUGACGCUGCAGGUGUCGGCCGACCAGACGACGGCCGUCCUGUCCAACCUGGCGCCCUUUACGAUGUACACGGUGACGGUGAGCGCGCACAACGAUCACGGCUCGAGCCUGCCCAGCAUGCGGAUCCGUGCGCUGACGCUGGAGGGUGGCGUCGUUAGCAAGCAGACGAGUGUGGCCGUCGUACCGGUUCUGCCAGAUGUGCGCGGCUGCUGCAUGAAGAAGGGCAUCACGCACCGGACCUGCCUGGAGAAGAUGUGCGAUCCGGUCAAGGCGGACUUCACCGAGGUGCCCGACCUGAUGGUUUGCGCACCCUGGGCCAACAUCACCUUUGCCUGCCUGGCGAACAACAUCGACCACACGCCGUGCUGCAAGAGCCGUGGCAUCCCGGAGGGUUGCCUUUCCUUCUGCUCCGGCACUGUGAAGGCGAUCAACUUCAACUACUUCAAGUGUCUGCAGUACAUGUCCGAGUACAGUAGCUGUCUGCUGCAGGGGUACGGCGUGCUCUCCGGGCCUCCCUCGAAGCUGAAAGCCCCCCUAAUCGCCAGCCACUUUGUCGUGCUGGAAUGGAAGCCUCCCAAGAUCCUGCCCGACACGGUCACCGCGUACCAUCUGCACUAUCGCCGGCUCGGCAGUGGGGAGGAGUACAGCGUGCUGGAGAAAGAUCAAGCCCCGGUCAUUGUGGAGGAUCUGGAGGCGGCCACAUACUACGAAGCGUUCGUCGUGGCGGUGAAUGCGCACGGCAAGGGCGGCCCCUCGCCGCGCCUGGUAUUCCAGACGAAGCGUGACGUGGCGGCGGAACCGGCCCACACACACUACAACAUAUCGGCGUGCUGUCACGCCUCGGGAUUGUUGCCCCAGUGUGCUCCACUGUGUAGUUACGAUGCCAAGAUGUCGGACAUCCAGAAGCUGGGCAAUACGUGUCGCGGCCAGAUCGGUACCAUUGUGCGCUGCAGUGCUGGUGGGCGUGAUCAUACGGCAUGCUGUGCCCGCCGUGCCGUUCCACCCAAGUGUCAGUCACUGUGCCGCGGGGUCAUCACGAGCUCACCGGCCGAUUGUUUACCCUUCGCGGGGAACAUCAUUCAGUGCUUCGAGGAGGGCAUUGGACACAUUCCGGCGCCGGUGGAGGACCUGCACGUAACGUCCGUCACGAACACGUCGAUCUCGCUUGCCUGGGUGCCGUCCGAGCUGGAUGCGAACAGUACGGAAAACAAACCGUCCGACUAUCUCGUCCAGUACGGCAAGGUGAACAACAUGACCAUGUACGAAACUGUGAUCAAGCUGGAGCAUGAACUCAACACCACCGAAACGGACAUCGAGCUGAAAGAUCUUGAGCCAAAAGCACUGUAUCGCAUCACGGUAGUGUCGCGCGGCGAGCACGGCACAUCCCUUCCCUCGUCCAUGCUGCUGAUCAACACGUCCCGCACCGAUUCGGCCAGCACGGUGUACGGAGCUCCGUCGCCACCGCACUCGCUGGCAGUGUCCGCGCACAGCGCCACCUGGAUCACGGUGUCCUGGCAGCCGCCCGAGUUCUCCCACCCGCACGAAAGCAUCACCUAUCGCGUCAUACACAAGGUGGCGAACAACUACACCGUGAUCGAUACGCGGCUGCUGUGGGUGCGCGUUAACAACCUGCUGCCCAACACGCAGCACAUCGUGUACGUGGUGGCGAUCGGGGCCAAGGGCACCAGUCUGCCGUCGGAGACGCUCGUCGCCUGGACGGAUCCGGCACUGCCCGCCUAUGUGGAUCCCCCGACGGUACAUCCGUCCGACAUCAUCACCGAGGGCGGCUCCAUGACGAUACUCUGCCUUGCGAUGGGCAAUCCGGCGCCCACCAUUUCACUGUACGUUGGUGGGCACCUGGUGCGGCAGGACACCUCCCGCCACAUGAUCACGGUGAUCCACAACGUCACGACGGAUAUGGAGCACAUUUCCUGCUACGCCGACAACGGUUACGGCAUCCCGAUGCAGGCUGCAAAGAAGGUCAACAUAAGCUUUGCACCGCGCAUUCAAGCUUCGGGCAUUACGGUGGCAUCGGUGGGCGAGUCCGUCGACCUGAAGUGUACGAUCCGUGCCCGUCCCAUCCCGAAAACUAUGUUCUGGCGGGAUCACGAUGGACGCGUGCCGGUGAUUCAGGGCGGCAACUAUGACAUGUCGAUGAAGAAUGACGUCGAUGACAACUCCCUGUACGUGAUGACGCUGACGAUCGCGAAGCUAAGCUCGCAGGACGUGGGCGAUUACUUCUGCCACGCGGAGAACGCGCUCGGUUCGUCCACCCGUGCCGUCUCGGUGCGCAUCCGCAACACGGCUGCGUCGUCCAACAUUUCCGAGUGCUGCGCGGCGCAGAACGUGUCGGCCGCGUGCAUGAGCGCCUGCUCGUUCUACAUCGACAUCGAGAGCGUGAUCGACCGGCCGGAGUGCAUCGUGGACUUUGACAAGCUGAUGCGGUGCGCGGCGGACGGGUCGGACCACCGGGGCUGCUGUGCGUCGAAGGAUGUGCCGCGCCGCUGCCUGAACUGGUGCCGCGGCGAGCCGAUCACGCCGCCCGGCAUCUGUGCGCUGCAGCACACGCGCACGAUCGUCGGCUGCUUCCAGGAGAACCGGGAGCGGCUGCCGGGACCACCGCAGAACCUGAAGGUGCAGGUGCUGAGCGACGAGGAGGUGCUGAUUCGGUGGGACCCGCCGGCCAAGAACCCCAGCACGGUCGAAGGCUACCGGGUGUUCUGGCACGAUCUGGAACCGGUCACCGACAACCUGUCGAACGUGAUCAACGGGCUCGCAACGAGCCGGCUGGACGCGAAGGAGACGAGCAUCAAGCUGGAGGGCCUGAAGCCGCACGUCAUGUACGAGCUGGUGAUCAAGGCGGGCAACCAUCUCGGUGCGUCGGUCCUCUCGGAACCGCUGCGGUUCACGCUCGGCGACCAGCACAUCACCAGCGCGUCGCACGGCACGAACGCGGGCGUGGUGAGCGGCAUCGUGGCCGGCCUGCUCGCGAUCGUGCUCGCGAUUGCCGCCCUCUUCGUCGUGAAGCGGGGCAAGUUCGGGCCGAAGCAGGCGAACGGGGGCGUCGCGUUCGAGAACCCGAGCUAUCUGCGCGAGAUGAACGUCGAGCAUGUGCAGAUUCCAGCCGUGUCCGGGCCGGGCGUCGGCAAUGGGGCCGACUGGCGGCAGGAAUCGCUGCACGCGGCAGCGAACGGUACCGCCACGACCGGGCUGAACCACGACAACGCGGUCGUCCCGAUGGCGACCGAGGUGAACCCGUCGCUGUACGAGGAGCUGAAGCUCGGGCACGAUCGGGCCGGGUUCAAGCGGCUGGUGUCCUAGGAAACGAUGCUGACGGCCGACCCGGUGGCGGCGGCACCGGCCGGCGGGCCCAGCACGGUACUUGUACAUACCGGUGGACAGUUUUAGAUGUGAUCCCGUCCGGACGGGAGGGGCGGUAUUUGUAUUUUGUACUCACUUUGGACCUGUGACACACGACGUGAGACGAUGUGUGAGCGAGCUGCAGUGGUCGAUUUUUUUGCAAUGCAAGGACGAUAUUGUAGCGCGUAAACAAUGCAGCGUGGUACAGUGAAGAUGGUAGGGAAUGUAAUUAGAGUCACUUCUUCUUCUACUGCUGUUAGAGGGAGAGAGAGAGAAAGAUCACGCAUAAUCGUGAUGGUGUGAUAAAGGAAUUGUGGUGUUUUGUUGUAUUCUUUCUCUCACUUUCUCUCUCUGUCAACCAAAUCCAAUAACUGCAAAGUAGCAGCAAAUGACCAGACACAAACAUACACACACCCGUGUGCAAGUACCGCUCUAGUCAAAUAAUGGAAACGGAAACAAGUCUAUUGGCAGAAGUGAUGGGGCACGUCAGGGCAUUAUUGAACAUCGGAAUGGGGCGAAAUCAAGUUAACACAGACUUUAGUUACCAUCGAUCAACCGAGGAGGAAGCCGCCUACCAGUGUGACCACCCAGCCCGAAACCUAUCCUCCCCUGUCGAACCGUAGUGCGCGUGUAAUCGCAGUAAUCGCUGUGUUUUUAUCCAUUUUAGUACGUUAGCGCGUCACACCGCAAUGAGUUAGAGUGAACUUGACUUGAAAAAGGCAAUAAUUAUUUAAACCACCCCUCAAAAAAAAUAGACAAACACUCACACACACACAGAGAUAUUCCCAGUUUAGUAGCACAACAAGCAUAUAGAGGACGCCACCGUACCGAACACAGUAGUAGCAAGAAUUAUCGGUUUAGUUUGUAAAAGUGAUAAGGUAAAACCCCGGCAAGCGAACGAGCGAACGAGCCCCAAAACCACCAAACCCCCCACGUGUUACGUUGGAAGGUGGCGUUUAUAUGCUUUGCAACGAACAGCAACUGCAGCACUUUAGUACACAGACACACAGACACACACCAUUCCCUUUAUAACUGUAUCGUGCCGUUAACGGGAGCAUGAACGAAGUUAGAAAGGGUGGGGUGUACGAUGAUGAAAGGAAACAUUUUAUUGGAGAAAGGCUGUUUGAGACAUUUGCGUGCACCAGCACGCACAAGCGUAUGUGUGUGUGUGCGUGUGCGUGUGGGUGUACUUGUUGCGAGCAUAUUUAAAGUGAACGACGAUAAACGAGAAGGCGGUGUGUGUGUUGUUUGUAGCAUUCGGGCGGGCGACCUGGUCAGAGUGUUGUAGGAGGGAAGGAAGCAAUAAAUUUGAGGAUAGUUUUUUAUAAUAAAACAAAAUAUUACACAUUAAAUGCGAACAACA